AUGGCCUUCAACAAUGCACCCACAGGUGUAAACAACCAAGGCGAUAUCUCUAAGGAUGUGACGCUUAAUAACCUGCCAGAGGACAGCGUCUCAGAGCUUGCCUGGUCAUCAGUCGCCAACUACCUCGCCGUCGCCUCCUGGGACAAGGCAGUCCGUAUCUACGACGUCUCGCACUCCGCCCAGGGCGAAGGAAAAGCGCUCUUCUCGUUUCCAGGUGCUGCCCUGAGCUGUGCAUGGUCGCCUGAUGGGACCAAGGUCGUAGGCGCUGGCACUGACGGCUCAGCUAGGCUCCUGGACCUUGCCAGCAACAAUAAUCAGGCUCAACAGAUAGGUCAGCACGAUGCGCCAAUUCGAACGAUACGAAUGAUCCAAGUGCCAGGCAGUCAGUCACCCAUCGCUAUCACCGGGUCUUGGGAUCGUAAAGUUAAGUACUGGGACUUGCGACAAUCCGCUCCAAUAGGUACAAUAACAUGCUCGGAGCGGAUAUACGCAAUGGAAGCCAACGGUAGCAAGCUGCUGAUCGCCACGGCCGAUAAAAAUCUCGGCCUAGUCGAUCUCAACCAACCUACAGUCAUCGCUAGAACCCUACCGAGCCCGUUGAAGCACCAGACCAGAGCAGUCAGUUGGAUUGCCGAUGGCACCGUUUAUGCCGUCGCGAGCAUUGAAGGUCGCUGUGGCAUAAAUUAUGUUGACGAAGCAAACAAGUGUCAAAACUUUACCUUCCGUUGUCAUCGCCUGCCAAAGGACAACGAUCCCAAGAACCAGCUCGUGUAUGCCGUUAACGCUGUUUCCUUCCACUCUCGCUACCACCAGGUAUUUAGCACUGCUGGCUCGGAUGGCACAUUUUGUUUCUGGGACAAGGAUGCCCACCACCGCCUGAAGGGGUUUACUGCUGGAGGGCCCAUCACUUCAACAUCAUUCAAUCAUGACGGCACGGUCUUCGCCUACUCUAUCAGCUAUGACUGGAGCAAAGGGUACUCUCACAACACACGGGAUCACCCAACCAAAGUUGUCUUGCAUCCAGUGUCGGACGCUGAAUGUAGGCCAAAGCAGAAAACCAAUCAGGGGUAA